AUGGAGGAUCAGCGCAGGCCGAGUCAUGCCGCGGGAUAUCCAGCCUCGGCCGACACCAAGCGCGGCGGCAACUUGGCUGCCGCCGACACCGAGGGCGGCAGGGCACUGGCUGCCGCAAGGCGUGCCCAGCGCCGUCUCGGCCUCAGGAAAAGCCAGCGCGCACCAAGAGAAAUCCGGCCUCUGCCGACAGUAGAGGCCGCCGGUCCUUCGCCGCCGCCGACGAGAAGUUCGGACGUUCCGCGGGACAUUCGGCCACAGCCGACAUGGAGGGCCGCCGGCCCUUCGCCGCCGACGAGAAGUUCGGACGCGCCGCGGAUAUCCAGGCUCUGUCGACACCGACGGCGGCAGGGCGCCGGCUGCCGCAAGGCGGGCCUAGCGCCGUCUCGGCCUCAGGAAAAGCCAGCGCGCACCGAGGGAAAUCCGGCCUCUGCCGACGGUGGAGGCCGCCGGGCCUCGCCGCCGCCGACGAGAAGUUCGGACGUUCCGCGGGAUAUUCGGCCACAACCGACUUGGAGGGCCGCCGGCCCUUCGCCGCCGUCAAGCGGGACUAGCUCGGCCGUAGUCUCGAUCGGAAGCCAGCACUCGCCGCGAGCCAUCCAGUCCCGGCCGGCCAGCAGGGCCGAGAUCCCCGCCACAACCCGGCCGCAGCCGGGCUGCUUGUUGGCGGCAGAGAUAGCGCCUCGGCAGAUCGGCGAUAAGACGGCAGGCGAGGAAGAGCAGAAGAGGAAACGCCAUCUUAGUAGUGGGCAGGCCGAGCGGAAACGCGCCCGGGUCGGUGAAAGGGUGCCGAGACCAAGGGAGCUGCAGGCCGAGGACCUAGCCAGCGCGCUGCGGCACCUCGACGAGGAGUUCGAGGCGGGCGAGAGGCUGGCUAACGAGCAGACGUGGUGUGCGCCGGUGCCGCGCGAGAGGCAGGUGAGGACGGUGCGGAAGUUCUACCGGGCGUUCCACGACGCUGGCACGCUGCCGAUCGCGACCUGCACGCUAUGCUACCGGAAGCGGGCCAAGGGGAGCUGA